ACUUAGCUAUGAAAUGUGAGGUUAGGGUAUACCAGGGGGUGGUAGUACUUUCCCGUCAUUUUUGAUUGGCUAUACGCCAGUAUAUUUGUAAAGCAUGUUACGAAUAUGGGUCGAGUGUUGGUGAAUGUUAAGACCUAUAAUUUCAUGUUUUGUUUCUAUUAGUAUUAUUAUUAUUAUAUGUUUACCUCGUUUGUUUCACUUUCGGUUUAACAUUAAACUUUUAAAGAAUAAUAUAACUAGUGUUUGUAAAUUAUAUUCAUAAUGAAUUCAAAGUCAAACAGAGGAAGUGAAACUGGAAGAAAUGAUCUAAUGAAAGUUACGAAGGAAGAGUUUGUUCUCGGAAAUAAUGCAAUAUUUAAAGGCGAGGUGGCAUCAGUGCAACAAUAUGGAGCAUUUAUCAAGAUUCCAGGAUGUGCUAAAAAUGGCCUUGUGCACAAGUCUCAAAUAUCCAAUAGUAAAGUUGAUGAUGCCACUGAAGUUUUGAUUGUAGGAGAAAAAGUAUGGUGUAAAGUACUUUCAUUUGGAGAAGAAGAUGAUUUGAAAAUUUCCCUAUCCAUGAAAGUCGUUGACCAAGGUUCAGGAAAUGAUUUAGAUCCAGCUGGAGUGCAAAUAGCACAAGAUGAAAACAGACGAAAGAUCUGCAAUCACUAUGAAAAAAAAAAAAUCACCUUGGAAGCUGUUUAUAACACAAUUUGUAAGAAAUGUGGAACAAGAGGUCAUCUAGCAAAAGACUGUUUCCAGCAACCUGGUGGAAUGGUUUACACCCUACUUCCUGAUAUGGAAGAACAAGAAACAGAAUCACAACAGAAUGUCCAAACUGGAAAGAGAAAAAUCAAAGAAAAACGCAAGAAAACUAAGAGGAGGAAACAUUCUUCCACUGAAAGUACAAGUGAUUCAGAGAAAUACAAAAGAAAAAGGUCUGCAAGUAUUAUGAAAAAGAAGAAGAAAAAACAUAAAAAAUGAAAUGUGUGUCAAAAGUGUGGAUAGAGAAGAUUUGAAAUUGUUUCUAUCUGUCAUACAUUUCUCGACCUCACCCCAAGUAUAUUAUACAAAGUAUUGUAUCAACACUCUUCAUAAAGUUAAAACUACCAUUUGGACUUUUUUUAGAUUGUUUAAAUGUUUUAUGUAUUAUAUGUUUGACACUUCUGUGAGAAUUUACCAAUAUUUAGCAGCCAUACUUUGAGCAAAUUUCAAAUAGUUUGAUAAAUAAGCCUGCAAAUGUAGUUGGUUUGAUUCAAAUUUAAUUCUCCCACUAUUUAAAAUAUACAUAUUUCUGUAUAUUUACUCAUCGUAUAGCAUUUUAAUACAAAGCAAAAUUCUUAGUAAAAUUGAAAUCGGCACAUUUGUUUGGUUGUAUUUCAGAUUUACUGAGAUAUAUUAAGCAGUGAUAGAUAUUUAUAGGUUACCAUUAAGAGUGAUUUAAAGAACCUUUUCCAAUUAAUGGAGGAAUUGCUACUGUCAUGGCUUUUUCACUAAGAGCACAGUAAUGAAUUGCUCAGAUUAUUUCAAUGUAAUUUCACAAAGUCCAUGUUUUAUCCCAUGUAAUGAUUUAGAUGAAAUUUGUAAUAUUUCUUAGGUGUAUAAAAAAGAACUUGUACUCUGUUUCUAGUUCAAUAAAAACUUUUAACAGAUAUACUUAAGAGACUUAA